AUGGCUCGGUUCGGGGAUGAUCUGCCAACCCGCUAUGGAGGCGGAGGGCCGGCCGGGGCUGGAAGAGGGAGCAGCCGGCAAGGUGGCCCCCAAGCCGGCCAAAGGAUGUAUAAGCAGACGAUGGCUCAGAGGGCCAGGACUAUGGCUCUCUACAACCCCAUCCCUGUCAAACAGAACUGCUUCACAGUCAACAGAUCCCUCUUCAUCUUCAGUGAAGAUAAUGUUAUACGGAAAUAUGCCAAGAGAAUAACAGAAUGGCCUCCAUUUGAAUACAUGAUUUUAGCUACAAUCAUAGCCAACUGUAUUGUGCUGGCUCUGGAACAACAUUUGCCGGAUGGAGACAAGACACCUAUGUCAGAGAGAUUGGAUGACACUGAGCCGUACUUUAUUGGAAUAUUUUGCUUUGAAGCGGGGAUAAAAAUCAUCGCUCUGGGGUUUGUUUUUCAUAAAGGCUCUUACCUCCGAAACGGUUGGAACGUGAUGGAUUUUGUUGUGGUCCUCACAGGGAUUCUCGCAACUGCUGGGACUGACUUUGACCUGCGGACCCUGCGAGCCGUCCGAGUGUUGCGACCCCUGAAGCUCGUGUCAGGAAUCCCAAGCUUGCAGGUUGUCCUCAAGUCCAUCAUGAAGGCGAUGGUGCCCUUGCUUCAGAUUGGGCUGCUCCUCUUCUUUGCCAUCGUGAUGUUUGCCAUCAUCGGGCUGGAGUUUUACAUGGGGAAGUUCCAUAAAACCUGCUUCUCUAAUGAGACGGGUGAUGAGGUGGGAGAUUUCCCUUGUGGAGAGGAGCCUCCUGCCAGGCAGUGUGAGAGUGGGACCACCUGCAGGGAGUACUGGCAAGGACCCAACUACGGCAUCACCAACUUCGACAAUAUCCUCUUUGCUGUGCUCACCGUCUUCCAGUGCAUCACCAUGGAGGGGUGGACUGACAUCCUCUACAACACAAACGAUGCUGCAGGAAAUACCUGGAACUGGCUUUACUUCAUCCCUCUCAUCAUCAUUGGCUCUUUCUUCAUGCUCAACUUGGUGCUGGGCGUCUUAUCAGGUGAAUUUGCCAAAGAACGAGAGAGGGUAGAAAAUCGCCGGGCUUUCCUGAAACUCCGCAGGCAGCAGCAAAUUGAAAGGGAACUAAAUGGAUACUUGGAGUGGAUCUUCAAAGCAGAGGAGGUAAUGCUGGCAGAGGAAGACAGGAAUGCAGAAGAGAAAUCUCCUCUGGACGUGUUGAAAAGAGCUGCAAUAAAGAAGAGCAAAAACGACCUGAUUCAUGCUGAAGAAGGUGAGGACCAUUUCACAGACAUUUGCUCCGUUGGGUCUCCUUUCGCCCGUGCCAGUUUGAAGAGUGGGAAGAACGAGAGCUCAUCCUACUUCAGGAGGAAAGAGAAGAUGUUCCGGUUCUUCAUCCGGCGCAUGGUGAAAGCUCAGAGCUUCUACUGGAUCGUCCUGUGCGUGGUCGCCCUCAACACACUCUGCGUUGCGAUGGUGCACUAUGACCAGCCAGAGAAGCUCACCACUGCGCUGUAUUUUGCAGAGUUUGUUUUUCUGGGUCUGUUCCUUACUGAGAUGUCUUUGAAGAUGUAUGGGCUGGGGCCAAGGAACUACUUCCAUUCUUCAUUCAACUGCUUUGACUUUGGGGUGAUCGUGGGAAGCAUAUUUGAAGUCAUCUGGGCUGCAGUGAAACCAGGUACCUCAUUUGGCAUCAGUGUCCUGAGAGCGCUUCGACUGCUGAGGAUAUUCAAAGUAACAAAGUACUGGAAUUCCCUGAGGAAUCUGGUGGUCUCCUUGCUGAACUCCAUGAAGUCCAUCAUCAGUUUGCUUUUCCUGCUCUUCCUCUUCAUUGUGGUGUUUGCUUUGCUGGGGAUGCAGCUCUUUGGAGGACAAUUCAAUUUCCAAGAUGAAACACCAACCACGAAUUUUGAUACCUUCCCUGCUGCCAUCCUCACAGUAUUCCAGAUCCUGACAGGGGAAGACUGGAAUGCUGUGAUGUACCAUGGGAUAGAGUCACAGGGCGGCGUUCGCUCGGGGAUGUUCUCCUCCAUUUACUUCAUCGUCCUGACGUUGUUUGGUAACUAUACACUCCUGAACGUCUUCUUGGCUAUUGCUGUGGACAAUCUGGCAAAUGCCCAAGAGCUGACCAAGGAUGAGGAGGAGAUGGAGGAAGCCACCAAUCAAAAGCUCGCCCUGCAAAAGGCCAAGGAGGUGGCAGAAGUCAGCCCCAUGUCUGCAGCCAACAUCUCCAUAGCUGCCAAGCAGCAGAAUUCCUCCAAAUCCAAGUCUGUUUGGGAGCAGAGGACCAGCCAGAUCCGGAUGCACAAUUUCCGAGCCAGCUGCGAGGCGCUGUACAAUGAGCUGGAUCCAGAGGAGCGGGUGCGUUACGCCACCACCCUUCACAUCCGCCCGGACAUGAAGACUCAUUUGGAUCGACCACUGGUAGUAGAGCCGAGGAGCGAAGGGAGGAACAACAUCAGCAAGCUGAGUCCUGUGGAUGUGCAGGAGGUGGAGCAGACCAAAAUCAGCUCCGGUGAUGGGGCAGAAGCUCCACGAAAGCACCAUCGACAUCGGGAUAAGGACAAACUGGGAGAGCAAGAGAAGGGUGAUGUGACCAAGGAUGAGAAUGGGGAACCUGGUGUCAACAAUAAGGAGGAGAGGCACAGGCAGCACCGGAGCCGCAGCAAGGAGGUGGAAGGGGGAAGUAAGGAAGGGAAAAGUGAUCGGAACAGGUGUCAGGAAGGGGGAAAGAGGCACCAUCGGCGGGGCUCAGUGGAUGAAGGUGGUGAGAAGGAACACCGCAGGCACCGGCCUCACCGGCACUCUGCUGACCGGCAAGGCAAGGAAGGCAAUGGGACAAUCAACGGGGCCAGGAGCGAGCGGCGUUCCCGACAUCGGGGAGGGUCGAGGUCUGGGAACCGGGAAGGGGAGCCUGGGUCCAAGGGCGAGAAUGGAGAAGAGCCUCACAGACGGCACAGGUUCAGGAGCAGGGCACUGUCAACCUACGAUUCGGUGGAGAAGGAGACCGGGGAGAAGGAGGGGGAGGCUGGCGAGAAGGAGCACCGGAAUCAUCAGCCCAAGGAGAAUAAGUGUGAGAUUGAGGCUAGUGGAAGUGUGAGUGUCCCUGUGCACACCCUUCCCAGCACCUACCUGCAGAAGGUGCCGGAGCAGCCAGAAGAUGCUGACAACCAGAAGAACGUGACACGUAUGAUUCAGCCACCCAUGGACAAAACCACCACUGUGAACAUCCCUGUCACCAUCACUGCCCCACCGGGGGAAACCACUGUCAUACCAAUGAACAACGUUGAAUUUGAAAGUAAAACAGAGGAGAAGAAAGACGUCGAUGACUUGACAAAAAAUGGGCCUAAACCAAUCUUGCCUUACAGUUCCAUGUUUAUCCUAAGUCCUACAAAUCCGAUUCGGCGCCUUUUCCACUACAUCGUCAACCUGCGCUAUUUCGAGAUGGUCAUCCUCAUAGUUAUAGCCCUCAGCAGCAUUGCCCUGGCUGCAGAAGACCCUGUCCAAGCCGAGUCACCAAGGAAUGAUGCUCUGAAAUACUUGGAUUAUAUAUUUACGGGUGUCUUUACCUUUGAGAUGGUGAUCAAGAUGAUUGACCUGGGGCUGUUACUCCACCCUGGUUCCUACUUCCGUGACCUGUGGAAUAUCCUGGACUUCAUUGUGGUCAGUGGGGCCUUGGUGGCAUUUGCCUUCUCAGGAACCAAAGGCAAGGACAUCAACACAAUCAAGUCACUGCGAGUUCUGCGAGUCCUAAGACCCCUGAAGACCAUUAAACGGCUGCCAAAACUAAAGGCUGUCUUUGACUGCGUGGUGAAUUCCCUGAAGAAUGUCCUCAAUAUCCUCAUCGUUUACAUGCUCUUCAUGUUCAUUUUUGCUGUCAUUGCUGUGCAGCUCUUCAAAGGCAGGUUCUUCUACUGCACUGAUGAGUCAAAGGAGCUGGAGAAGGACUGCAGGGGUCAGUACCUCGAUUAUGAAAAAGAUGAGGUGGAGGCACAGCCCAGGGAAUGGAAAAAAUACGAGUUCCACUACGACAACGUGCUCUGGGCUCUGCUCACACUCUUCACUGUCUCCACAGGAGAAGGGUGGCCAACUGUGCUGAAGCACUCAGUGGAUGCCACCUACGAGGAACAGGGCCCCAGCCCUGGCUACCGAAUGGAAAUGUCUAUCUUUUACGUGGUGUAUUUUGUUGUCUUCCCUUUUUUCUUUGUGAACAUCUUUGUGGCAUUAAUCAUCAUCACCUUCCAAGAGCAAGGAGAUAAAGUGAUGUCAGAGUGCAGCCUUGAGAAAAACGAGAGGGCCUGCAUAGACUUCGCCAUAAGUGCCAAGCCACUGACCCGCUACAUGCCUCAGAACAAGCAAUCUUUUCAAUACAAGAUGUGGAAAUUUGUGGUAUCACCUCCCUUUGAGUAUUUUAUCAUGGUCAUGAUUGCACUCAAUACCAUUGUCCUCAUGAUGAAGUUCUAUGAUGCUCCAGAAGCAUACGAAGAAAUGUUGAAAUGCCUGAAUAUUGUGUUUACAUCCAUGUUUUCAAUGGAAUGUGUGCUGAAGAUCAUUGCCUUUGGUGUGCUGAAUUAUUUCCGAGAUGCCUGGAAUGUCUUUGAUUUUGUAACAGUGUUGGGAAGUAUUACUGAUAUUUUAGUAACAGAGAUUGCGGACACGGACAACUUCAUCAACCUCAGCUUCCUGCGGCUCUUCAGGGCAGCCAGGCUUAUCAAGCUCCUCCGGCAGGGUUACACUAUCCGCAUCUUGCUCUGGACAUUUGUGCAGUCAUUUAAGGCCUUGCCUUAUGUGUGUCUCCUCAUUGCAAUGCUCUUCUUCAUCUAUGCCAUCAUUGGCAUGCAGGUAUUUGGGAACAUCGCUCUAGAUGAUGAAACCUCCAUUAAUAGACACAAUAAUUUCCGCACCUUCCUCCAAGCCCUGAUGCUUCUGUUCAGGAGUGCCACGGGGGAAGCCUGGCAUGAGAUCAUGCUGUCGUGCCUGAGCAACAGAGCCUGCGACCCGCUCUCUGGCCUCACCAAAAAUGAAUGUGGCAGUGACUUUGCCUAUUUCUACUUUGUGUCAUUCAUCUUCCUCUGCUCCUUCCUGAUGUUAAACCUGUUUGUGGCUGUGAUCAUGGACAACUUUGAAUACCUGACAAGAGAUUCCUCCAUCCUUGGGCCCCAUCAUUUGGAUGAGUUUGUUCGUGUCUGGGCUGAAUAUGACCCAGCUGCCUGCGGGCGCAUCAGUUACACAGACAUGUAUGAGAUGCUGAGACACAUGUCCCCACCUCUAGGCCUUGGAAAGAAAUGCCCAGCUCGUGUUGCCUAUAAGCGCCUGGUGCGGAUGAACAUGCCGAUCUCACCUGAAGAUUUAACCGUCCACUUCACAUCCACACUGAUGGCCCUGAUCCGCACUGCCCUGGAAAUCAAGCUCGCCUCAGGUGGUGUUAAGCAGCACCAGUGUGAUGCAGAGUUGAGGAAGGAGAUCUCGCUGGUUUGGCCCAACCUGUCCCAGAAGACUCUGGAUUUGCUGGUGCCUCCUCACAAACCUGAUGAGAUGACCGUGGGGAAGGUGUAUGCAGCACUGAUGAUAUUUGACUUCUACAAGCAGAAUAAGAACAGCAGGGAACAAGUCCACCAGCCGCCUGGAGGCCUGUGUCAGCCUGGACCGGUGUCACUCUUCCACCCCCUGAAGGCCACUUUGGAGCAAACCCAACCUGCAGCAUUCAGCAACGCAAAGGCUUUCCUUCGCCAGAAGAGCUCAGCCUCACUCAACAAUGGGGGUGCCUUGCCAGCCCCAGAAGGUGGGAUCAAAGAGUCCAGUUCUUGGGGGACCCAACGCACCCAGGAUGUGUUUUAUGAAACCAGGACACCAGCUUUUGAACGAGGCCACUCAGAAGAAAUCCCCAUUGAACGGGUGGUAGAAAUGAGGGAAAUCAGCCCCACACUUGCCAAUGGAGAGCACCAACCAGGCCUGGAGAGCCAGGGGCGGGCAGCUUCCAUGCCGCGCCUGGCAGCUGAAACUCAGCCCAUCCCGGACACAAGCCCCAUGAAGCGCUCCGUCUCCACGCUGACCCCGCAGCGUCCUCACCCCAUGCACCUCUACGAGUACUCCUUGGAGCGCAUGCCACCGGAGCAAGUACAUCACCACCACCACCACCGCUGCCACAGGCGGAAAGAGAAGAAGCAGAAGUCCUUGGACAGGUCCUCCCAUCAGAUGGCCGAUGGACAAGCUGCUCCUCCCAUGUUGGUGACCCCCAACAAACGUUCUUUCAGUGGCCCAUCUGGGGAGUCUUCUUCCAAGGACAAGAAGCAGGAACGCGGCCGGUCCCAAGAGAGGAAGCAGCACUCUUCAUCCUCCUCUGAAAAGCAGCGCUUCUACUCCUGCGACCGCUACGGCAGCCGGGACCGUUCUCAGCCCAAGUCUGCUGAUCAGAGCAGGCCCACCUCACCCAACGGAGGGCCAGAGCAAGGUCCACACAGACAGGGCAGUGGUUCAGUUAAUGGGAGCCCCUUGCUGUCGACAUCUGGUGCUAGUACCCCAUGCCGGGGUCGGAGGCAGCUCCCACAGACUCCACUCACCCCACGCCCCAGCAUCACUUACAAGACCGCUAACUCCUCGCCCGUGCACUUCACCACUUUCCAACCUGUCCUGCCCACCUUCUCCCCGGGACGCCUGAGCCGUGGCUUGUCCGAGCACAACGCGCUGCUGCGGGGGGACCAGCAGCCGCCGGUGGUGGCCCGCAUCGGCUCUGACCCCUACCUGGGCCACCGCGACGACGCCGACAGCCCCUACCAUGCGGUGCCGGAGGACACGCUCACCUUCGAGGAGGCUGUGGCCACCAACUCGGGACGGUCCUCAAGGACUUCUUAUGUCUCCUCCUUGACUUCCCAAUCUCACCAAAUCCGCAGGGUGCCCAAUGGUUACCAUUACACGCUGGGUCUCAACACGGGCCCCGGGACUGGCACCAGAGGACGUAGCUACUACCACGAAGCCGAUGAGGAUGACUGGUGCUAGCGGCGUGGCGAAACCCUUCAAAGUGUGCGUGUUUAAAAUCGAUGAGUUUUAUCAUCUGGAAGGCUGUGCGCUCCGAUGUGCGCGGCGCCCGGGGCCGGAGGGGGCCCAUGGGGUAGCCCCCAUUGCAAGAACUGCUCUGCCCCAGGUCUAGAGACACUCCUGCAGCCUCUCUCCUCAAGUUUUCUUUAGCUUUUCUUUUUUUUUUUUUGUUUUCUUUUUGUUUUCCACUAGAUACAUGGAGGCAGAAGCUCCCUCCUUAAGGGGAAGGCAGCGUGCGGAGUGCAUCUCUCUCCCCCUGUCGCCUCCCUACUGCCUUGUCUAGUUCAGAGACACGCACCAGAUGCCAAGGCUGUGACACAAGGGAGAAGCCAAGAGAAGAACGGUCCUCACCUUCCACAUCAGAAGAGCAGACAGUCAAUCAUUCCCGAGAUUGGCACUGGUUUUUGUUGGGCUGUUUCUUACUUGAUUUCUCAUUCUAUUUUUGCCCCUGGUGAGGGUGGGAGUCUGGGAGUUGCAAAUGGACACAACACAUGAACAAAGCUCGUAUCAGCGGUUUAUCCCGCUCACCACUAAGGAAGAGAUCUACCCAUGAAACUGGGAGAGGAGAAACACAGACCAGAACAAAGGACAGUCCAGUGGGACUUGAUGUUCAGCCACAGCAAUCCUUGUCGGAGGAGCCAGUGCCACGCUCUAGAGCUGCCUGAGCGUUCUGGCAGCCGGGACUCUGCUCCGACACCGCUGCCGUGUGGAUCUCUUUUACUUCACUCACCACGUUGGGUCCUUCACACUGACACAUGAUAAAGCCACAAGAGAGCUACUUUGUAAGGACUGUUUCCUUGCUGCUGAGACUUCUCUUUCCGUCCCUCUCUCCUGUUGACCGCAACACGCCCUCACUGUUUUGUCUUGUUUACAAUAUAAGCUUGAUUUAGCAAAAAAAAAACAACAAAAAAUCAACUAAAAAAAGACAGAACCCAGACAAAAAA